AUGCAGCUAAAUCCAUCGUGGUUGCCCCAGGUGGACGCUACCAAGAUUGAUCGAGCCCGUGACGAGUUAGAGGAAGGGGCAUUCAAGAGUCUCCUGUAUGCUGUCGAAGUGGACGAAGCCAGUAAACAGUUACAGGAAAGCGCAGCCGACAGUGUCAUGGAUGCCACCGAGAUGGAGCGCAACAGUGACGAUGUGGAGGAGGGAGGAGCUGAGAGUCUCAUUGAUGAUGACAGGAUGGACCAAGCACAUGAAGACGUGGAGGAGGCAGUAGCUGAGACUCUCGCUGGUGCUGCGAAGAUGGACCAAGCACGUGACGAAUCAGAGGAGAGUGUAGCUGACAGUCUCACAGAUGAUGACAGGAUGGAACAAGCACAUGAAGACGUGGAGGAGGCAGUAGCUGAGAGUCUCGCUGGUGCUGCGAAGAUGGACCAAGCACGUGACGAAUCACAGGAGAGUGUAGCUGACAGUCUCACAGAUGAUGACAGGAUGGACCAAGCACAUGAAGACGUGGAGGAGGGAGUAGCUGAGAGUCUCGCUGGUGCUGCGAAGAUGGACCAAGCACGUGACGAAUCACAGGAGAGUGUAGCUGACAGUCUCAUAGAUGAUGACAGGAUGGAACAAGCACAUGAAGACGUGGAGGAGGCAGUAGCUGAGACUCUCGCUGGUGCUGCGAAGAUGGACCAAGCACGUGACGAAUCAGAGGAGACUGUAGCUGACAGUCUCGCAGAUGAUGACAGGAUGGAACAAGCACAUGAAGACGUGGAGGAGGCAGUAGCUGAGAGUCUCGCUGGUGCUGCGAAGAUGGACCAAGCACGUGACGAAUCGCAGGAGAGUGUAGCUGACAGUCUCACAGAUGAUGACAGGAUGGACCAAGCACACGAAGACGUGGAGGAGGGAGUAGCUGAGAGUCUCGCUGGUGCUGCGAAGAUGGACCAAGCACGUGACGAAUCAGAGGAGACUGUAGCUGACAGUCUCGCAGAUGAUGACAGGAUGGAACAAGCACAUGAAGACGUGGAGGAGGCAGUAGCUGAGAGUCUCGCUGGUGCUGCGAAGAUGGACCAAGCACGUGACGAAUCGCAGGAGAGUGUAGCUGACAGUCUCACAGAUGAUGACAGGAUGGACCAAGCACAUGAAGACGUGGAGGAGACAGUAGCUGAGAGUCUCGCUGGUGCUGCGAAGAUGGACCAAGCACGUGACGAAUCACAGGAGAGUGUAGCUGCCAGUCUCACAGAUGAUGACAGGAUGGACCAAGCACAUGAAGAAUUAGAGGAGUUGGCAGCGGAGACUCAAAUGGAUACUGCCAAGAUGGAGCAAGUUUAUGAAGGGGAGGCAGCUUAG